AUGCCUAACCACGCCGCCGCCAUGCGCCUCACCGCGGAGCUCGCGAGAGCACCCCCCGAGGGUUCGCCGCAGGCCGUACCGCUGCCCGGAUCCGAGAGGCCUGGCCGAUCGCCAAUCUACAGACACUGGCGAUUUGCCGACAAGCCGCUAUUGACGACAAUGGACCCCGACGUCCGCACGCUUCACGAUCUCUUCCAGUCUUCCGCCGACACCUUCCCGCGCAACAGAUGCCUCGGCGAGCGCAAGUGGCUGCCUGCCAAACAGGCCUGGGAUGACAAGUUCUCCUUCAUCACGUACAGCGAGGUGGCUGAGCGCCGCAAGAACUUUGGCGCCGGCCUGGUCGAGGUCCAGCAGAAGCUCGGCUUGCCCAAGGACGCAAAGGGCAUUGCGCUGUGGUCCCAGAACCGCCCGGAGUGGCAGAUUGUCGACCUGGGCUGUGCCUCGCAAGGCCUCUACACGGUUUCGCUCUACGAGACGCUGGGCCCCGAUGCCACCGAGUUUAUCCUCAACCACGCCGAGCUGACCAGCGUCGCCACGUCCAUUACCCAUAUCCCCGCCCUCCUCAAACUUGCGCCGCGUCUACCGCUGCUCAAACUGAUUGUUUGCCUUGACGAUCUGGAUGCCGGUGAGGUCGAGAGCACAACCAAGGGAGCCGUGCUGCGCCAGUUUGCGGCGGACUCCGGCAUUCACAUCUGCUCCCUCAAGGAGGUGGAACAGAUUGGCAAGGACUCGGGACGCCCGAUGAACCCAGCUCACCCUGAGGAUAUUUACACCAUCAAUUACACGUCCGGAACAACGGGCAUGCCCAAGGGCGUUGUGCUUACACACGCCGCCUGUGUGGCGUCCAACUGCGGCACCCGCAUCGGUGCCGGCGAGGGAAGCACAAACGACGUGGCCCUCUCGUACAUGCCGCUUGCGCACAUGCUGCAGCGCCUGGUUGAGCACGGCGGUUUUGCCGUGGGCGCGGCCUUUGGAUACUUUCGGGGCGACCUGACCGGUCUUCUCGACGACAUCAAGGUCCUGAAGCCCACGGGCUUCAUCUCCGUGCCUCGCCUGUUCAACCGCUUCAACUCGGCUCUUCGCCAGGCCACCAUCGACGCGGACGGCUUCAAGGGCAACCUGUCCAAGCAGGCCAUUGCCUCCAAGCUCGCCAACAUGUCGCUGCCCAUGGGCCAGGCCUACCACAGCCACUGGCUCUACGACCGCUUCUGGACGCCCAAGGUGCGCGCGGCGCUCGGUUUUCAGCGCAUCAAGGUCAUGGGCUCCGGCAGCGCGCCUCUCGAUCCCCAGGUGCAGCGCUUCCUCACGGCCGCCAUUGGCGCCCGCCUUGUCCAGGGCUACGGUCUGACUGAAAGCGCUGGUGUCGUCUCCACGCAGCUCGUCGGCGACUACUCGACCGGAAACUGUGGCCCGCCAUCCCCCAACGUCGAGAUUUGCCUCGAGAGCGUCCCGGACAUGGGCUACGAUGUCCACGACAAGCCGAACCCGCGUGGCGAGCUGCUCCUGCGCGGUCCGUCCAUCUUUACAGGCUAUCUCAAGAACGACGAGGAGAACAAAAAGGCAAUUGACGCUGACGGCUGGUUUCAUACCGGCGAUGUGGCGCUGAUUGACGAGGUUGGCCGCAUCCGCAUCAUUGACCGCAAGAAGAACAUUGUCAAGCUGGCCCAGGGCGAGUACGUGGCCCCGGAGCGCAUCGAGAACGUCUACAGCGCAAACUGCAACCUGAUUGCUAUGGCCUAUGUCCAUGGCGACAGCACCGAGUCCACGCUUGUUGGUGUCUUUGGCGUCAACCCUGAGACCUUUGCGCCCUGGGCAUCCAAGCUUGUCGGCUCGCCCAUUGCCGAGAGCGAUGUUGCGGCCCUCGAGGCGGCUGCGAAGCAUCCUACGGUCAAGACAGAGUUGCUCAAGAUCUUUGACAAGAUUGGCACAAAGGCCAAGUUUAACGGCUAUGAAAAGAUCAAGAACCUGCUGCUUGCGGUUGAGCCAUUUACGGUGGAAAACGAGCUGCUGACGCCUACGCUCAAGCUCAAGAGAGUGCAUGCUGGCAGAGCGUUCAAGGACGAAAUUGCGCAAAUGUAUGCCGAGAUUGCUGCAAAGACGCCUGCCAGAACCAAGCUAUAA